AACAAAAACAAACAUACAAAUUAUCUACCCCAUGUGGGAGUUAGAUAUCUUCAACAUAACUUUCCAACCUGUCACUCUAGAUUUCGCUCUUUCAAAUCCAAAAAAUAAAAACAACAAUAUAUAAAAAUAAUAAAAAUAAAAAGUAUAAAAAUAAUACAAGUACCAUUGAUUAUUUAUAACCCCACCAAAAUUAUCUGGAACCCAUAUUUUUAGCAGAACCAGUUUCUAGUACCAGCUUAAUCACCAGCUCAAAAAAAAAAAAAAAAAAGUUCAUAAAAAAAAAAUUCAAAAUUUAGAGAGAGAAAAACAAACAAGUUCAAUGAAGUCAAGCUUUGUAGCAAUGGCGCUAACAUGCGCCUUGGUGAUGGUUAUGGUGCCUCAUGUAUUUGCUAAACGUUACAUUGUUGGAGGAAAUAAGGGUUGGACUUCCAAUGUUAAUUACACUGUUUGGGCUAGUGAUAAGCACUUUUACCUUGGAGAUUGGCUAUUUUUUGUGUAUGACCGGAACCAGAUGGAUGUCCUAGAGGUGAACAAAACUAACUAUGAAAACUGCAACACCGAUCACCCUGUGGCAAACUGGACUACAGGAGCUGGAAGGGAUGUGGUUCCACUUAAUGUAACCAGACACCGCUACUUCGUCAGUGGAAAAGGAUUCUGUUUUGGUGGCAUGAAGUUGUCUGUCAGAAUCGAGAAGCCCCCUCCACCACCUAAAGCAGCCCCCGUUAAGAGUGAUGCUCCAAGGAUGUCUUACAGAUCCCACUUUGUUUUGCCUCUAGUAUUUGCCAUUGGUGCUGUUUGGGAUUCCUUCCUCCGGGUCAUGGGUUAAUCAUAUCAUGUUGCCAAAUGUCGUGCGUUUACUCGUAGAAGAUAACUUAUUUGAUCGAACUAAAGAAUUUUUUUUUCUUUAUAAGUAUCUUAAAUCUCAUUUCCAUUUAGCCUUUCUGUUAGUGUUUGGAAGAUUGCUGUAUUUCUUGAUUUAUUGAAACCGAAUUUGUUUGUGAAAUUAAGAAAAUUGCCCAAGGCAGUUUGAUUACAUUAUCUUUAUGAGAAAUUUUACAUGUUGACUUUGUA